AUGCUCGCGUAUUCUUUUAUCAAGGCCCAUGUCGUGGCUAGCAAGGUGCAGGCCCGAAAGAUCGAUAUAUUCAGAAUUGCGCAAGAAGAGUCUGAAUUGUUGCGAGAGUUCGUGACCAGAUUUAAGAAGGAAAGGAUGCUGCUACCAGCCAUGCCAGAUGAAUGGGAAGUUGAGGCAUUUACUAAGGGGCUGAACCCGAGGAGCUCUAACACUUCCCGAAAACUGAAAGAAAAUCGACAGUCUUCUAAAGGCCGGUUUUUCCCCUACGAAAGGGCCGAAAGACGCGGUGGAGGUUUCCAAUCGGCGGACAGGUUCGCUACCGAUAGGAGAGUUGACCGUGCUCGGAAUAAUAAACCGUUGCAAGACAAAGAGGUAUCAGGCAAUCGGGAUUCCACCUACCCCAGAUUGCCCGAGAAUAACUUCAAUUUCAGCGUAGUAGAACUGGUAUCAGCAAUGAGGAUCAUUAAGGGAGCACGGUUCUCGAGGCCAAUGAGAUGCGAUCCCAGUCAUAGGGAUCCUAAUAUAUGGUCUGAGUAUCAUAGGACUAACAACCACUGGAUUGGGGACUGCCGAGAUCUGCGCGAGGAGGUGGCGACAUUGCUGAAAAAUGGCCAUCUCAAAGAGUUCUUAAGCGACCAAGCUAAAAAUAACUAUGGACGCAAUCGGGAGGAACCCUGA